CAGACAUGACACCAUUAGACAGGCCAUCACCGCCAAUGCGGCGGCAUGUGCACCGUGCAAGGAUGAAUGUAUGGGAGGAGGAAGAAGGUAAGGCAGCAAAAACUAUGAAAUGUUCAACGAAUAAGGAAAUUUUUUUUUUUCUGAUAUUGGAAUUGAUGAAUGCUAAAUUUUUGGAAGCAAUCGAUUUAUUACGUGAUAAUAAUGUGACACAAUUUGAAAAACUUAUAAAACAAUUUCCGCAAUUACUUGAGAUACGACGUCGUGGACGUUCCUUACUUACCUAUGCAUUACUUUAUGAUCGUUUACGAGCGUUACAAAUUAUUUCAAAACGAUUGUCAUCAUCAUUUGAUGGUGAAGAAAGUUCAGAAAGUGCAUUGCAUUGGGUUGCAAAAUUUGAUGCACGUAAAUGUUGCAAAUAUUUGCUAGGCUUACCACGGCAAUAUUCUGAAAUACCGUGGAUUGUAGUAAAAAAUAAUCGGCAAAUUACACCAAUUCAUAUUGCAGCACAUUUUGGUCAUGUGAAAAUUUUAAAAGUAUUAUUUAUUAAUGUAUAA